GGUCGAACGGUGGGGAGUCGGAAGAGAGAGGGAGAGACGGAGAACGGAAAGAUGGUAGAGAGAGGGGUGGAGCGAAAGAAAGAAGGACAAAGAGGGCGAUACGCGACGAGAACGGGAUAGAGAAUGUCUACAGUAGUAACGGCUGCGUAUACGAGGUUUUAACUCGCGGGGAAAAGUCCGAGAGAGAGAGAGCACGAGCUUUCGUACUCUCAGUCGCGUGUGACACGCGGCCUCAGCUGCCACGCUUGGAAGCUGUCGGCGCGUUUUUCGCUUCCUCGAAGGCGAACGGACACGUUCGGAACACGAAGGGAACGCCAAAACGGAUUAGACGAAGAAAGUGAAAUUUAAUUAGCGCGUGAAAUUUAAUUCGAAAUAUCGUUCGAAAAACGUUCAACUCGAUAGGUUCCUCGUAAUAAAGUCGAUGUCUUCCUGUUAAUGAAUCUUUCGGCGAUCGUUCGCGAUCGAGUUAUUCAAAGGAAAAAGUUCUUCAAGUUCAAGGAAAGAAGAAAUUCGUCACAAAGGAGAUAGGAAGGAAGGAAGGAAGGAAAGAAGGAAGGCAUUAGAAUCGAAGGAAGUAGAAAAGUUUUCUUCGAAUCGUUAAGAAAAGUCGAGAAAGCAGGAUAAAUCCGUUUCGAAUAGAUUUUAAUCGCGAGCUAAGGGUUAUCAAAGUUUUCACACCGGUCUUUAAGCGGCUACGCGAGAAGAAGAAGAAGAAGAAGAAGAAAGAAAGAAAAAAGGAGAAGGUGCAAAGAGGAAAUCAAGAGAAAUCGUGGGGAGUUUCGUUCGAAGGGAAUCGAGUUCUCGCGGACAAUGAUAUUCGUUAUCGGACUUUGAAGGGAAUAAGUUUUCUCGAAGAAAAAAAAGAAGAGGAAGAAGAAGAAGGAGAAAAAGGAGAAGACGAGAAACGGGAAUGAUUCGCGCGUGUCCAGGAAGAAAAAUGUCGCUUGUCGAGACUUGACUCUCUCUUCUUCGCCUAUGAUAGCUAUCUAACGACCAAGUUUUCUUAUGCGUCUUUCUAGCGAGAAGGAAGAACUUUACUGAAGGUUUCGUCGUCGAGUGCUCUCGAAGAACGAAAACGCGAUGAAGGGAAACGCAAUUUCGAAGGAGAGAAGUUGGAGGAUGAAUCGCGGGGAAUGAGUUUGCGUUUGGCGCCAAGUGUCGCGCGUCUAACCUUUGGUAAACUGUUGACGAGUACGACGAGUGCAAGGAGGACGGAGAGAAAGUCGUCGUCUGGUUGAAACGUUCCGGCUGCUGUUGUUGCUGCUGCUGCCUCUAGAAACUCGUUAUCGUGUUCCAAGUGGAAAGCGAAAGGGCGUCGAUUACGAAUACUUUGACGAAUGUGCAAGAAGAAAAUGACGUUCUGCCUUUUCUUCUACUUUCGUCAAUCUUAACGCCAUCGUUAUAUUCCUCUAUUUCCAUCGAAUAUAAUAUUUCUGUCGGAAGCUGACGGGUGUCUUUGAAGAAUAGAGAGAGAGAGAGAGAGAGAGAGAGAGAGAGAGAGAGGAGAAGUUGGAAAUCAAGAAAAGUCAGAGCGAAACUCUGAACGAUCAUGCGAGACAAAUUUGCAUUUGGUUCGGGCGUCCCGGACAUGCACGAGACUCUAUCCAACUUUCCGGAACAGUUUGGGGAUGGACCGAGGAAGCCGGAAAUAAAGGCGGAAAUGCCAAAGGAGUCGGAUAGAACCACGGACAACUUGAAGUGCGGCUGGUUUUGGUUCAGGCCAAUUUAUUUGCAGAAAUUCCGGACGGCCAAGUGGGCGCUCUUUUGGUUAUGCUGGGCUGGGGCUAUGCAAGGUAUGGUCGUCAACGGCUUCGUGAACGUCGUGAUAACGACGAUCGAGAGGAGAUUCGGUCUGAGAUCGUCUCAAACUGGAUUGAUCGCCGGUGGAUACGACAUCGCGAGUUUUCUUCUACUCGUGCCGGUCAGUUAUCUCGGUGGUCGUUCGAAGGCAUCGAAACCCAGGUACAUCGGCGUUGGCGUUCUAGUCUUAGGUUUAGGAAGUUUACUCUUCGCGUCGCCUCAUUAUCUGGUCGGUCCCUACAGAGGUGGUCAACAAUCGGAAAACGUAUGUCAAAGGGCGAACAACGCGUCCACCACGCGUUCGGUAUCGUGCAGUGAUAUUAAUGGAGAAGCCGACGAACAGCAGGAACCUUACAGCGGAAUGUACUUAAUCAUUUUUUUGCUGGCCCAACUUUUACACGGCGCCGGAGCAGCGCCAUUUUAUACUCUCGGUGUCACUUACCUGGACGAAAACGUCUCGAAGAAGAUGUCCUCCGUGUAUUUAGGUAUCUAUUACACAAUGGCGGUGAUAGGACCUGCUUUGGGGUACGUGGUCGGUGGGGAACUUUUAAAACUCUAUACAGAUUUUAUCAUCGUCGAUCCAUCCACAAUCGGAUUAACUCCGGAUAGCAACGUUUGGGUAGGCGCAUGGUGGAUAGGUUUUCUGGCAGCUGCAGUUAUUUGCUUUGUUAUCGCGAUACCGCUUCUGGCAUUUCCUCCAGCUUUACCGGGUUCGGAAGAAUUGGCUAAAGAGAGAGUAUCCGAGGCACACGCGAAACCAAACAAAUCCUCGGCUCGUGAACCUGGAGAGGCCUUUUCGAAAAUUCGCGAACUACCACGUGCCAUGACGGAAUUGCUGACCAAUCCUGCGUUCUUCAUGCUAAACUUGGCGGGUGCCAGUGAGGGCUUGCUUAUAGCAGGUUUCGCUGCUUUCCUACCAAAACUGAUCGAAAAUCAAUUUAGCGUCAACGCCAGCUCAGCCGCGUUAUUGAUGGGAUUGGUGACGGUGCCCGCUGGCGGUGGUGGCACGUUCCUCGGUGGUUAUUUGAUAAAACGUUUGAAUUUAUCUUGCUCCGGUAUUUUGAAAUUCUGUCUCUUCUCCACGGCCGCUUGUAUAGUAUUCACCCUCUGUUUUGCACUGAGCUGUCCGAAUUUGAAUUUCGCCGGACUCACCGUACCUUAUCAUUCUCUUACAAAAAAAUCGUUAUCGUUGGAAGACUCUUGCAACAGUGCCUGCGGAUGCUCUAGGUCGGAAUUUAAUCCUAUUUGCGGCAUCGAUGGACUGACUUAUUACUCACCGUGCCACGCUGGAUGUUAUCAGGAAAUAUCGAUGAACGACGUCAAAGUGUACGCGGAUUGCAGUUGCAUUCAGGGUACGGCCAAAACUUUGACGAUGUUAAAUAGCAACGAGAACGUCACUUACGAAGCCGUAAACACGACCUGCACAAGCACCUGUUCUUAUCUUUGGCUCUUCGUCGUCCUCGCUUUUUGUAACAUGUUCGUAACCUUUCUCUGUACGAUGCCGGCUCUAUCCUCGACCCUCAGAGUCGUACGCGACGAUCAGAGAUCUUUCGCUCUUGGUAUACAAUGGAUAAAGGUUCGAAUUCUGGGCACGAUACCUGCCCCGAUGGUGUUUGGCGCGCUCAUCGACGAAACUUGCAUCCUGUGGCAAGAGAAUUGCGAUGGAAGAGGGGCCUGCCUCGUCUACGAUAAUUAUUACAUGAGCAGCUACAUGCUGGCACUGGCUUUUAUCGGCAAAGCCGCCUCUCUCCUUUUCUUUUUCUUAGCCUGGUGGAGUUACAUUCCUCCGGUAAGCAAGACGAUCGGUCCAAAUUCUCGACAGGAAGCCACUGCCGGUGCAAAUAUAUCAUUGGUGCCAAACGACCCCUCCAACGAUCUUCAACUAACACCAGCCACGAUCACUCCUAUGAUGGAUGCAUAGAUUAACAUCCGAUGCGAUAUGAGAAGAAUAUCAUCGACAAAUUCGAGCACGCUUGCGUGCAAGCUAAUAAUAAAUGUGAUAACAUUUUCUACGAAACGCGCUGCGAGUUGAUACUUGCGAUAAUCUCAAUUCGUAUUUUACGUCGUCUAAGCUCUUAUUUCCUUUAAAAAUCGUUAUUGUCCUCUUUCGAACAUUUAUAUUUUUUCUCUUUUUUUUUUUUCAUUUUCCAUUUUUUUUUCUUUUUUUUACAUAUGUAUAUAAAGUUAUUUCGACGAAUAUAUCGUCCUCGAUGAUCGGUGAUCGUGACUCAGCGGACUCGUUAAGCUCGCAAUAAGGGUAGGAUACUUGUGCAGUGUACAAAAUAUCUAUCUAUCGCCUUACGAACCACGAAACAUAUCCCUUCAACUAUACUUCUUUUUUUCUUGUUUCCUUCAACUUUACACGAUGCACGCGAUAUCGAUAUACAACGUGCUCUUCAAAGCUCUCGGCCGUUUCCCUGUAUCGACCGAAUUUAAAGAAGAUCUUUCGAAGCGAGCGAUCUAAAAAAUAGAUCUUUCAUUACGUCGAUCUCAUCGUAAAUAUUAUGCGUUGCGAAUUCGACGAUGCGGUAUCCGCUUUCUGCUAAAGCUUCUUCACUGCCGGUAUUUGAAUCGUUCCACGAUUAUUAAAAAAAAACAUUGGAACAAAUAAUGUUAAAAACCUCGGUGAAGGAGGUUACUAAAAAAAAAAGAAAAGAAAAUUAAUCACUCGUUAACAUUGGAGGAUUACCGGAUUGCAGAAUACAUCGCGCAAGUGCACUUGUAAUAUUUCUAAUACUCGUUAAUCGAUAGCUCAAGAUCGAUCGAUUUUCGACUUUCCUACCGUAGUACCAAUCUGUAUUGACAAAUAAUACGUACUGAAUGUUACCAAAAAAAAAAAAAGGAGAAAAAGGGAAAAGAAGAAAUAAAGAAAAAAAAAAAAAGAAACUAUAUAUUACGAAUGUUUGUACUAUUCAUCGCAAAGUGCAAAGUGAUAUUUACGCUUAAGUAAUUAGCCACUAUUACAGUGCUUGGAUAAAAAAAAAAAGAAAGAAAAGGAAAAAAAAAACAAUAGAAAUCGUAUAGCGUUUAACCCGUAAAUGGUGUCGACGAAACUCAAUGUCACAUUUUUACCCUUUGUAAUAAAGAUUUGUAAUCCGACGAUGUAUACUUUCUCUGCGUGGACGACGUGUAAACGAUUUUAUAUUAAUAUGUAUUAAUAUAAAAGUACGAUGCACGCGUCGCGAAUACAAAGUUUCACAUCCGUUGUUUGUAUUACGUAAGAUGGAAAAAAUCAAAUCGAUGUGCAAAAUGAUACGUUAUCGUAUAAGGUGUUUCACAUUUUUCUACGUUUAUAUCCGAGAGAUUACUCUCGUUACCCUUGGGGUGUUAUUACUCGUCUUUGAAUGAUCGUUGCUCUCUUGUUAAGAGAAAUACGCUCGAUUGUAGAUACACGUACGCGUACGACGUUCGAUAGAAAAAUGUCGUCAUAUCGUCGUCGAUUCGAUGAAAACGCUCGUGAGAAUAGCUCGAUUAUAGGUACUUAUUUACCUAGCUACAUAUGGAUAUGUAUAUAAAGAUAGCGAUAGCUUCGUUCAAUUUCUCUUCGAUUCGAUUCUUUAUCGUACGAAUUUAUUAUCGAUUUAUAAUUGAAAUUAUUUUUGUUAUUUACGAGCAAUCGAGGUGUACACGAUACGAGCGUUAUAUGUGUUACGAAUAAAGAGAUUGUAAGCUGUGUUA